CUUUCGAUCUGUGUCCAUGCGAUUCACUCAGCAGUUGUCUGCACAUACCCUCUUCGCCGUCAAGCCCAUUCUUCAUCAAUUCCUCGUCAGAUCUUCACCCUCAGUUAUCAAGCUUUUACUGGGCACUCGUUCCUCCGACUCGCAGCUAACACUCUUUUCUUUCCCGCUCACCAGAAACCGUCAAAAUGGUCGUCAAGGUUGGCAUCAACGGAUUUGGCCGUAUCGGCCGCAUUGUCUUCCGCAAUGCUGUCGAGCACGACGACAUCGAGAUCGUUGCCGUCAACGACCCCUUCAUCGAGACCAAGUAUGCCGAGUACAUGCUCAAGUAUGACUCUACACACGGCAACUUCAAGGGCACCGUCGAGGUCGCCUCUGAUGGUCUCAUUGUCAAUGGCAAGAAGGUCCAGUUCUUCACCGAGCGUGACCCCUCUGCCAUCCCCUGGGGCAAGGCUGGUGCCGACUACGUCGUCGAGUCCACCGGUGUCUUCACCACCAUCGACAAGGCCUCUGCCCACUUGAAGGGUGGUGCCAAGAAGGUUGUCAUCUCUGCUCCCUCUGCCGAUGCCCCGAUGUACGUUAUGGGUGUCAACAACGAGACCUACGACGGCAAGGCCGACGUCAUCUCCAACGCCUCUUGCACCACCAACUGCCUGGCCCCUCUCGCCAAGGUCAUCAACGACAAGUUCGGUAUCGUCGAGGGUCUCAUGACCACCGUCCACUCCUACACUGCCACCCAGAAGACCGUCGAUGGUCCCUCCGCCAAGGACUGGCGUGGUGGCCGCACUGCUGCUCAGAACAUCAUCCCUAGCAGCACCGGUGCUGCCAAGGCUGUCGGCAAGGUCAUCCCUGCCCUGAACGGCAAGCUUACUGGCAUGUCCAUGCGUGUCCCCACCGCCAACGUCUCCGUUGUCGACCUUACUGCCCGCCUCGAGAAGGGUGCUUCUUACGAGCAGAUCAAGGACGCCAUCAAGGAGGCUGCCAACGGUCCCCUCAAGGGCAUUCUCGCCUACACUGAGGACGAGAUUGUCUCCUCGGACAUGAUCGGCAACCCCAACUCCUCCAUCUUCGAUGCCAAGGCUGGUAUCUCCCUCAACGACAACUUUGUCAAGCUCGUCUCUUGGUACGACAACGAGUGGGGUUACAGCCGUCGUGUCCUCGACCUCCUCGCCUACAUUGCCAAGGUUGAUGCUGGCAAAUGACUGCCUAAGCUAUGAAGCAGGAACCAAGCAACAAAUUCGAACGCUUGUGCCUGCAGCAUGACGCAAAGCAGAGAAAAGGAGUGGAAUAAAAAGAAGAAAAAAUCAACACGAAUGAGUAAUGAUGACGGAGGGAUAGCAAAUAGGACCUCCUCGGCGUUCUGUGAAAGGCGUCUGUACCUAGCUGGAAGUGAAAUAUACCCAUUAA